CUUUGUUGAUUGGUAUGAACAGAUACAUGGCGCUUUUCUCAGAGGCUCAUGGGCACUUUUCAAAAAGGAUAUUUCUUAAAGAAUACUCUUUUAUUAGUGCCAUUAUAUUCUUUUAAACCCUGUGGGACUAUGAAUAUAGUUCUCAUUGCUCCAAGUACGUCUGCUCUGGAGAUGACUCCCAGAUUUCUGUUUCUGGUCCUGGCCUCUAGCUACCUGUAGGAUCUCAGUGUUUGGAUCUAAAUUCAUCAUUUCAAGUUCAGUGUAGCCCAGUCUGAACGAGAUACUGUAUGUGAAAGUGCUUGGCCAGCUGGAAAGUACUACAUAAAUGCAGUUGUCAUUUUUGAUGAAAAUUUAACCACUCGUCCUGGUGGACCUCAGGUGUGUCAGCAUCUUCGGAGGUGAUCUUUGACUGUGGUUCUUUGUCCUCUGUAGCCAGUGUCCUGCUCGACCUCGCCUGGCCUUUCGUAGGUGAACUGCUUCUCUGUUCUGCCUGUAGAUGAUUUCAGCUGGGUCUUUGCUGGUUUACCUACACCCUUGUUUUUCUUCCCCGCCUGUUGUUCCAUUUGCUGCUGUCAGUCUGAUGUUCCUAAGGGACUGGUUCCCUGUCGCCUUUUUGGUGGGGAGCCUCCAUGAAUGCUCCUUCCCUCUUGUGUGACAUCUGAGCUCCUCCUGUGUGACAUCGACUCCUCUUGUAGGUGGCCCCACCCUGCCCCUCCAUGUACUGGACGUCUGUUCUUACUCAUGGUUCCCUGAGCAUGCUCUGCACCACUGCCCUUCCUCGUAAUCCUUCCUCUGCCCAGAACACCUGUUUUCCUUCUUGUUACUUGUUCCCUUUCUCUCUAACCUUCAAGACUGAGCUGAGAUUAUGUCUUUGGUAAUGCCAUUUCCAUUUCUCACAAAUGUCACCUUUUGUGAAGUUGCUUAUUGGGCAUUAUUCUUAGGGACCUACUGGUUUUCUAGUUGUUUUUCCUGGAAGUCUUGUUUCCCACCUAAAAUGUGAUCUUUUUGAGGGUGAAGAACACAUUGAGCUUUCCCUACAGUGCAACAUAUGCUGUGUGGAUAGUAGUUGCUCAUUAAAUGCUCAGUCAUUAAAUACUCUUACUGUAAAAUCUAGUUUUUGGUUUGUGAUAAUAUAUUUUGGGAGUAUUAUAUCGUGGAUCGUAUUUGAAAAAAACAGUUUUAUUGAGGUAUAACUGACAUACAAUGAAUAUUACAUUUUAAUGUGUAGAAUUUGAUAGAUUUUGACUUAUGUGUUUGUACAGGAAACCAUCGCCGCAGUCAAGAUAAUGAGCAUAUCCAUCACCCCAGGAAGUUUCCUUAUUUACCUUUGUAAUCCUUUCCUUUUGGCCCUCUUUGAACCCUUCCUCCCCCUGUCCCCAUGCAACCCGUGAUCUACUUUCUGUCACUAUCAAUUUGUUUACAUUUUAUAGUUUUAUAAAAUGAUAGCGUAUGAGUUUUUCUUUUAUUUGGCUGCUUUUACUCAAGAUAAUCAUUUUGGGGUAAUUCUUUGUUGCUGUGUAUCAGUAGUUCAUUCUUUUUUAUUGUUGACUGUAUGCCAUGAUUUGCUUAUCUAUAAUGUUGAUGGACGUUUGGGGUGUUUUCAUUCAUUGCCUACUACAGAUAAAGCCAUUAUGAACAUUUGUGUACAACAAAUCUUUGCAUGGACACAUAGUUUCUUUUCUCUUGGGUAAAUACCUAGGAGUAAAAUGAUUGAAUCAUAUCAUAGGUGUAGGUUUUGUUAUUAAAGAAACUGUCAAACUGUCAAGCUGGUUGUAUAAUCUCAUGUUCCCACCAGCAGUUUAUGAGAGUUCCAAUUGCUCCACAUUCUUGCCAACACUUGUUGUCGUCUUUGUGAUUAUAGCCCUCCUAAGUGGUGUGAAGUGCUGUGUUAUUGUGGUUUUUGAUUUGCGUUUCCUAAUGACUAGUGUGCUUAUUUGCCAUUUAUCCAGGCAUUCUUUGGUUCACUGUUUAGAUCUUUCACCCAUGUUUUAAUUAGGUUGUGUUGUUUUUCUUGACUACUCAGAGUUCUUUAGAUAUUCUGGAUUCGAGUUCUUUAUCGGAUACUUGAUUUGCAGAUGUUUUCAAUCACGCUGUGGCUUCUUUUUUAAUUCUCUUAACAGUCUCUUUUGAAGAGCAGAAAUUAAAAUUUGAUAAAAGUCCAGUUUAUCAAUUUGUUGUUUGUGGACCUUGCUUUUGGUGUUGUACCUAAGAAAUCUGCCUAACCCAAGGUUGAAAAGAUUUUCUCCUAUGUUUUCUUCUAGACGUCUUAUGGUUUUAGGCUUUAUAUUAAGUCUAUGAUUCAGUUCGAGUUAAUUUUUAUAUAUGGUGCAAGACAUGAAUAAGUUUAUUUCGUUUGCUUAUGGAGAUCAAAUUGUUCCGGCAACAUUUAUGAAAAAACUAUCCUUUCUCCUCUGAAUUGGCUGUGUACCUUUGUAAAAGAUAGGUUAUCCAUUUAUGUGUGGAUCCAUUUUUGGACUUUCUGUUCUGUUCCAUUCAUCUGUUUGUUGUCUUUAUGACAAUAGCUGGCUCUUUGCUGGUUACUGUGGCUUUAUAAUAAUUUUUGAAAUCAGUAUUUCGAAAUGGUUUUGGCUACUCUAGAUCCUUUGUAUUUCCAUAUGAAUUUCAGAAUCAUUUUGUCAAUUUCUAUGAAAAAGCCUGCUCGAGUAUUGAUUAGGAAUUAUUGAAUCUAUAGAUCAAUUUGGAGAGAAUUUGACAUCUCAACAAUAUUGAAACUUCCAAACCAUAAACCAGUGAAUGAGAGCUACAAACCUGAAUUUAUAGAGCUGAAGAAGUGGCUGAAAGAGAGGAAGUUUGAAGACAUGAACUUAACACCUGCCCGUUUUCCAGGUACUGGAAGAGGGCUGAUGAGCAAAAUAUCCCUGCAGGAGGGACAGAUGAUUAUUUCAUUGCCUGAGAGUUGCCUGCUCACCACGGACACAGUGAUCAGAAGCUACUUAGGGGCGUACAUUGCUAAGUGGCAGCCUCCUCUGUCUCCUCUUCUGGCUCUCUGCACCUUUUUGGUUGCAGAAAAGCAUGCUGGGGACCGGUCUGUCUGGAAGCCUUACCUGGAGGUUUUACCGAAGGCCUACACCUGCCCUGUUUGUUUGGAGCCGGAAGUGGUGGAUCUUCUUCCCAAACCAUUGAAAGCAAAGGCCAGAGAACAGAGAACCCGCUUGCAGGCGUUCUUUACUUCCUCCAGAGACUUUUUCUCUUCCCUGCGGCCUCUAUUUUCCGAGGCUGUUGAGAGCAUCUUUAGCUACAGUGCCUUCCUGUGGGCUUGGUGCACCGUCAACACCAGAGCUGUGUACAUGAAGCCCAGGCGGAGGCGAUGCUUUUCCGCAGAGCCAGACACCUACGCGCUCGCUCCAUACCUGGAUCUGCUCAAUCACAGCCCAGACGUCCAGGUGCAAGCAGGAUUUAAUGAGGAAACUCGCUGUUAUGAAAUUAGAACAGUUUCAAGUUGUAGAAAACAUGAAGAGGUAUUCAUCUGCUAUGGCCCUCAUGAUAACCAACGGCUACUCCUGGAAUAUGGAUUUGUUUCCAUCCACAACCCUCAUGCUUGUGUUUAUGUCUCAAAAGAUAUACUUGUUAAAUAUCUUCCAUCAACAGAUAAACAGAUGAAGAAAAAGAUUUCCAUUUUAAAGGAUCAUGACUUUAUAGAAAAUUUGACAUUUGGAUGGGACGGGCCAUCCUGGAGGUUACUCACAGCUCUCAAGUUGUUAUGUCUGGAAGCUGAAGAGUUUACGUGCUGGAAAAAAGUACUUCUUGGGGAAAUAAUUUCAGAUACAAAUGAGAAGACAAGUUUGGACAUAGCCCAGAAGAUAUGCUGUUAUUUCAUAGAAGAGACUAAUGCUAUGCUUCAGAAGGUUUCUCGUAUGAAAGCUGAAGAAAUCGCUUUGAUAAACCAGCUUACUUUAGUGGAAACAUUGUGGACAGAAGAACUAAAGAUUCUCCAGGCAUCUGCUGGGAUCCUCAACAAUUUGCAAACAGCUUUUACAUAACUUCACCCAAGAGUGUUUGAUCACCUCCUGUGGUGGGUGUGGCUUCUUAAAUGUUUUUAAACUUCCUUAAACAUUUUUAAACUAAGGUUCUUUUAUAUAGAAUCAUUUACAGUCAAUGAACAGCUUCUAUUAAACAAUUGUGUACUUAA